AUGCUAAAUCGCUUGGCUCAUGUACAGAAACUAGCGUUCAGAAUGUCGUCGACGCACACGAAUCGCUUGGCGUCAGAAAAAAGUCCGUACCUUCUUCAGCAUGCUAAUAAUCCGAUUGACUGGUUCCCAUGGGGAGAAGAAGCAUUUCAGAAGGCAAGAGAGUCCAACAAGCCGAUUUUCUUGUCAGGUAGAGAGCACUUUCCAAGUCUGAAAACAAAAAUUUCGUGCAGUUGGCUACUCAACCUGCCAUUGAAUGAAAAUACUGCAAAAUUAUUAAACGAUAAUUUUGUGGCUAUCAAAGUUGAUCGAGAAGAGCGCCCGGAUGUUGACAAACUUUAUAUGGCAUUCGUAGUGGCCGCGAGUGGUCAUGGUGGAUGGCCAAUGUCCGUUUUUCUGACACCUGAUCUUCACCCAAUUACUGGCGGCACUUAUUUCCCUCCAGACGAUAAUCGAGGAAUGCUUGGAUUUCCUACUAUUCUGAACAUGAUUCACGAAGAGGUUUUACGGUAUUCAUUUCAAUCGAAAAUUGUUCAGUGGCAAAAGGAAGGAGAAAACUUGAAGGCGCGUGGUGCUCAGAUUAUCAAGCUUCUGCAGCCGAAGUUGAAUUCAGGAGAUGUGAACAGAUCAGAAGACGUAUUCCGAGCUAUUUUCACCAGACACCAAUCGUCAUUUGACAGUAGACUUGGUGGAUUCGGAGGUGCACCAAAGUUCCCAAAACCUUCAGACUUGGACUUCCUGAUUUGCAUGGCUAACACAGAUCCCAUAUUGAAUUCCGAAAGCAGUAAAGAAAGUGUGAAAAUGAUUCAGAAGACAUUGGAAUCAAUGGCAGAUGGUGGCAUUCACGAUCACAUUGGAAACGGUUUCCAUCGAUAUUCAGUGGACGCUGAAUGGCACGUUCCUCACUUUGAGAAAAUGCUUUAUGAUCAAUCUCAAUUGUUGGCAACGUAUUCUGACUUCUACAGAUUGACAGGAAGAAAGCUAGACAAUAUAAAAACCAUUGUUGACGACAUUUUCCAAUACAUGCAAAAGAUCAGCCAUAAAGAUGGAGGCUUCUACUCAGCAGAAGAUGCUGACUCCUUGCCACGUCAUGAUUCCACCAAGAAAAUGGAAGGAGCGUUCUGUGUGUGGGAGAAAGAAGAAAUCAAAAUUUUGUUGGGAGAGAUGAAAAUAGGAUCGGCAAAUCUGGUUGACGUCUUCAAUGAUUACUUGGACGUGGAGGAGAAUGGAAACGUUUCAAGAUCUUCGGAUCCACACGGCGAACUGAAAAACAAGAAUGUUUUGAGAAAGCUAUUGACUGAUGAGGAAUGCGCAAUCAACCACGAUAUCACUGUAGAUGAACUGAUCGAAGGAAUGCAGAGAGCAAAGAAGAUUCUUUGGGAAGCCAGAACCAAAAGACCAAGUCCACAUCUCGAUUCUAAAAUGGUGACCGCGUGGCAAGGAUUGGCUAUCACUGGGCUUGUAAAAGCUUAUCAAGCUACAAACGACACAAAGUAUAUCGAAAGAGCUGAAAAAUGUGCAGAAUUUGUUCAGAAGUAUUUGGCAGAAAAUGGAGAACUUAAGAGAUCUGUAUACUUGGGACCUACAGGCGAGGUUGAGCAAGGAAACCAAGAAAUGAAGGCAUUUUCGGAUGACUACGCUUUCAUGAUUCAAGCGCUGCUUGAUCUAUACACGACACUUGGCAAAGACGAUUAUCUGAAGAAUGCCAUUGAGUUACAGAAAAUCUGUGAUUCUAAAUUCUGGAGUGGAAAUGGCUAUUUCAUCAGUGAACAAACGGAUGAAAAAGUGUCUGUCAGAAUGAUCGAAGAUCAAGACGGAGCAGAACCUACAGCAACUUCUAUUGCAUCAAACAACUUGCUCAGAUUUUAUGAUAUUCUGGAAGACGAAGAAUACAGAGAAAAAGCACACCAAUGCUUCCGCGGAGCAUCUGAACGUCUCAACAAAGUUCCAAUUGCUCUCCCAAAAAUGGCAGUGGCUCUUAAUCGUUGGCAAAAGGGAUCAAUCACAUUUGUUCUCGUUGGAGAACCCGAUUCGGAACUACUGAUAGAAACUCGCAAGAGAUUGAACCAGAAGUUUAUCGAAAACUUCUCAGCUGUUCACAUUCGUUCUGAGAACGAUCUGGGAGCUACUGGCGCGUCUCACAAAGCAAUGACCGAAGGACCUCAUCCAGCGGUGUACAUGUGCAAGGGAUUCGUCUGCAGUUUACCAGUCCGAGACAUCAAAGGUCUCGAUAAAAUGUUAAAUGAAAUGUAA